AUUACGUCGUACAGAUAAAUAUUUGUUAUCAGAGUCUCUUUAGCAUUUUAGGAAUCGAGUAAGACUUCCGAAACGACAAUAAUUUAACAGGUCGGAUCCACGUAAAAUAAAAAAGCUGCACCAUGGAAGUCGUAGCUCAAAUAGUAUCGAAUCAAUCCAAAUGGAACAUCUUCCGUGGAGUGAAAUGGUUGUGGACCAAGAACAAACCUCUGACAGUUGGGGGUGGUGUUGUGGUUGCCGCUUUCAAGAUCAGGGAAGUCAUCAAACGUAGGCAGAGGAGAUUGGAAUGGGCCAACGCAGGAAGAGACGUCGUCAUUCUCCACGGCCUGGGGCGAGGAUUGUACACACCCAGCGUGUCGCCCUACGUCAUGAAGCUGGCUACCUACCUCAGGAUGGCUAACAUUGAGCAUAAGAUGGACUUCACCGAACCCCUGGGUCCUAAGGGCAAGAGUCCGUGGAUCACGAUAAACGGACAGUCCAUGGGUGACUCCCAACUGAUCAUGGACUUCCUAGGAAGUCACUUCAAUAAGGACUUCUCAAGUCAUCUGAAUGAUGAGCAAAAGGCCGUGGCCUGGUCGUUCGCUGUCAUGGUGGACGAGCAUCUAGCAUGGACUCUGAAGGACUGGCGAUGGGUACGAGAUGGAGGUCGGGGCGUCAUCCUGGGCAUUGGGCUACGUCCUUCCCUGCUCACCUGGCUUCCCAUGAUGAGAAUGAGCUGGAAGCAGAAGGGGUUUAUGAGGGCACAGGGUAUUGGAAGGCAUACCCACGCAGAAAUCGAGUCUUUCGCUAGAAGGAACUUCAGAGCCCUCUCGAAUUAUUUAGGAAACAAGCCUUUCCUCAUGGGAGACGAACCGUGCGAGGUGGACUGCUCUCUCUUCGGGUGCCUCGUCCAGAUCAGAUACAAUUACCCUGGAUCGCCUUAUACGUCUUUGCUGGAACAUGAUUACCCGAACCUUGGAGCUUACGUGACUCGUAUGAAGGAGCGCCUUUGGCCAGAUUGGGACGACUGUUUGCUUAUUCCAAACCUUCAUAAAUGACGCCAUUGGCUAAUGAGCCCUUGAUGACCAAUUGUUGAAUGUGUAAUAUUGUAAUAUGUUUCAAUAAAGAUUUGUAAAUUCUAAAA